AUGCAACCUAUAAAAUUCUUUCUGUUCCUUGUGAUUUUGAUCAUCCAUAACGCGUGCGGCCUAAUAGAUAAUCCUAACUAUGAUAGUCAUUCGCCACUCCUAAGAAAAAUCCGUUCGGGUGUAGAUACAUCCAAGCAGUUGAUUUCUUUCACGGAUUUGAAUGUCAAGGAAUCAUCAGAUGACGCAAAAACAUAUAAUAAUAACCCUAUGAACCCUUUUUUUAUAAGGCUUAGUGUACCCGUACUAAAAACGCUCGCUAAAAAGAAACCAUAGGUUAACAUAACUAAUACUUGCUAUGUAAAAUUAAGAACUUCUAUACAUUUUUUUUACCAAAAUACCAUUUGCAUAAAAAUGAAAAAAGUGAAAUUGCGAGCGAGUUUAUAUUUGAUUUACCAAAUAAAAUGGGAAUUGCAAGGAUUGCAAUUCUUAUCCAAAGGAUCAACUAUUGAGAAUAUGGAAUUUUUUUUAAAUA